AUGCCACGGAUAUUGGAUUCAAAUCGCUCUUAUAGGAUCAAAAAGGCCAGGAAGCCCCUGGCGCGCAAAGCAGUGUACUCUGCGGAAAAAGACGCUGAGUUCCAGACAAAGGUGGAGGGUGAGAUAUUCUCAGAAUGGUUCGGCGACGAUUACGGGAAAACUGCUGCAGCUGGAGGUGAAAGGGGAGAGGAUGAAGUGGCCGAUGACUCGGAAGAGUCGCCAGCGAAGCGGGCUCGCAUCUCCUUGGAGUCACAUCUCGCCAUAGCCCAACCGAAGCAGGUUGCGGCCACCGACGAGCUUGUCGACACCAUGGAAGGCUAUGUGUUCGACAUGCAAGAGGUCUUUGAAUCUCUAGGCCUCAGCUCGAAAAGGCCUGAUAUUCCCGAGUCCGUCGCAGCGGCUCUUACCAACCCCUUUACGCCCAAGUCGGACAAGCGUAUCAAGUUGCCCAACCUUCCGGAGGCCGACGUUAAUGAGGUCUUGGCACGGAUGAAGGCCAACCAAAUCAUGCGUGACAUGACUGCUUGGUACGACCGUCUUCGCGAAACCGCCCAGGAGGAGGAGGAGUCCGCCGUGCAAGAUGACGAUUCCAUCGAUGCAUCUCUUGCGCGCGAAGUUGAGCCCAACCUCGGAGACAUUUACGACCUGAGCAAGAUCUCGAACGAGGUCGCACUGCUACAGGCCUUCAACAUGUCCACCUUAUUCGCAUAUCACUGUAUCGACGUCAUGAAGCAAACCAAAAUGGAGAGUGAUGAAUUCUUCCGCUUGCUGGAGCCUGCCGAUGUUUUGGCCAAACAUUGUGCGCUGAAGCUUUGGAAGAACAAUUGGCAUCUGACUAUUGACUGGGAGAGAUAUCUGAGAGAAUUGCGAGCUGAUUUAGCAGAUGCAAAGGAAUGGUUCAAGAAGGCGGACUACCUGCAACGAACCAUUGAAUUCAUUAGCCAGAUUUGA